AUGGAUAGUACAAAAUGGGUACCAGUACAAAAAUGGGUACCCAGUACAAAAUGGGUUUCUUCUGUUUCUACUUCUGGAGACAUCUUCAGUUACAUUCGAGGGUCUAGACAACAUGUCUGCAAGCACAUUAGCUUUACCCUUAAAGAAGCAACAGCUGUCAACUGCGCCGAAACGUUAGUCGAAGAAGUUUUUCUACGAUAUGGACUUCCACGUAGAUUGAUAAGUGAUAAUGGGCCGCAAUUCAUAAGUGUCGUUAUGCAACAAAUUUGCAAUUUUCUUGAAAUUAAGCAAGAUCUUAUUCCUGUGUAUCAUCCCCAAGCAAACCCAUCGGAAGGUAAGCAUAGGGAUCUAAAACCUCGACUUGUUAUACUGGUCGGUGAUGAACACAUUUCCUGGGAAGAAAAACUGCCACUGAUUCGUUUUUCCAUGAACACUACCAAGUGUGAAACUACUAAUCACACAGCAGCUUUCUUGCAGUUUGGCAGAGGAUUAAGAACAGCAGAUGAUGUUACCCACGACUCAAUCUCAAACGAUUUGCCCGUUUAA